CAGAUGCAUGUCGACGUCGGGGCUCCACGAGGAUUGCAACGCCAAGGACGAGGACGAGGACGACCACGGCGACAGCGAAAGUGACGGCGGCGACAUGAUAACGUCGAGGCGGGUGGUGGCGCUCUUCUUGGCGACGCUUCUGUUCUUCCUCGUAUACUUGCUUUCGACACGCAGGCAUGAUGUCCAGGAUACCCUGUCGUAUUCGACAAGGCCACUGUGGGAUCGGCCAGACGGGCCCCAGAUCCUGCUGCCCCACUAUGACUCUACACUAGGCGACCAAGAAUCGACCUGUGCACGACAUGGCUGGUCCGCGCGUACCGGGUCGAGCAAGCCGCAGCUGUGGGACGCGACGCUGAUCAAUACCGAGCUGGACAUGCUCGAGAUCCGGCUGCGGGAGCUCUGGGACGAGGUCGACCGCUUCUUGAUCCUCGAGAGCACGCAUACCAUGACUGGCUCGCCCAAGAAUCUGUCGUUCCCGAGUCAGCAGCAGCGUUUCAGCAAGUGGGCGUCCAAGAUUGAGUACAAGACGAUGCAGGGUCGCGAGAUGACGAGCAAGGAUGGCUCGUUCACCCUCGCCAACGAGAUGCGCGUCGCCAUGCAGGACUUCAUAGACUCCCUCUCGCCGCCAGAGGGCCUGCUCGUGCUCAUGGCCGACAUUGACGAGGUGCCCGCGGCGUCGACGCUCUCGCUCAUCAAGGCCUGCCAGACACCGCUGCCGCUGCACCUCCAGCUCCAAAACUACCUCUACAGCUUCGAAUGGGCCACCGACGCGCGCAGCUGGCGCGCUCAGGUCCACGCUUGGUCCACGGCGCGCACAAGCGUCGGCUACACGCACGGCCAAAACGGCAACGAGAUGUUGGCCGCCAGCGGGUGGCACUGCAGCUACUGCUUUCGCACCAUUGCCGAAUUUCGCACAAAGAUGCUCGCCGCCUCCCACAUUGAGCGGCUCCUCCACCGGCCCAACCGCGCAAGCCUGACGCUCAGCUCGACGAUCCAGUUCAAGAUCUGCAAGGGCGAGGACCUGUAUGGGAUGCUGCCCGAGGCCUACUCGUGGACCGAGCUCAUCGGCCUCUGGAAGGGCGCAAAGUGGAACGCAGACCUGACGAGACUUCCCAGAGCCCUGCUCGAGGACAAAGGCAGCCGGUGGAAGUGGCUCUUGCCCGGCGGUUGUAACAGAGAGGAGCAGUAGGAGAAUCAUGAUGAUGAAUACCAUUGCGGAUUUCUUUUUCAGCGAAAGCGACUACAAGAGAGAAAGAGGUUCAUCGACGCCCCUUUUACAGAGUUAUGCAAAACCCAAGAGGGGAUGAGAGUGAAGCGAGACCGGCCCGCUCAUAGGAGACAGAGUG